GCCUCUGUUUAUGUGACCGAAUAUUAUUAUUAGAAACAGAGAGAGACAGAGAGAGAGGAGAGGCCAUCCCAACCCAACCCAGAAUGAGAUCUGCGUACUUCAUUACCACCGCUUUGUUUUUCUCCAUCAAUCUCCCCAAGAAUUUGUGAACUCUGCAGCUUUAAAUACAGAUAAACAAACAAACCAGCUGUAGAGGAGAAUGGCAGAAUCAAUAUCUAGCUUUUGGGGUCCAGUAACAUCAACUAUAGAGUGUUGUGAAGAAAAUUAUGCAUAUUCUUCUUAUAUUGCAGAAUUUUAUAACACAAUAUCCAACAUUCCAACCAUUCUUUUGGCUCUGAUUGGUCUUAUAAAUGCUGUUAUACAACGGUUUGAGAAAAGAUUUAGUGUUCUUCACGUAUCAAAUAUGACACUUGCCAUUGGAAGCAUGUUGUACCAUGCCACGCUACAACAUGUGCAACAGCAGAGCGAUGAAACUCCAAUGGUAUGGGAGAUGCUACUGUACAUGUACAUCCUCUACUCUCCGGAUUGGCAUUACCGCAGCACAAUGCCCAUCUUCCUAUUUUUGUAUGGUGCUGUUUUUGCCAUUGUUCAUUCAAUAGUCCGUUUUGGAAUUGGCUUCAAAGUCCAUUAUGCCAUUCUCUGUCUUCUCUGCAUUCCAAGAAUGUACAAGUAUUACAUUUAUACUGAAGAUGUGUCUGCCAAGAGGCUCGCUAAGCUAUAUGUAGCCACCCUUCUAUUAGGAAGUUUGUUUUGGCUAUGUGAUCGUGUUUUCUGCAAGGAGAUAUCCACUUGGCUAAUUAAUCCACAGGGUCAUGCUCUAUGGCAUGUCUUCAUGGGUCUCAAUUCCUACUUUGCAAACACGUUCUUGAUGUUUUGCCGUGCUCAGCAGCGUGGGUGGUCUCCAAAAGUUGUUCGUUUAAUGGGUGUUUUGCCCUAUGUCAAGAUUGAGAAACCAAAAAGGCAGUAAAGAUGAAAGUUUCUGUCAUGAUACAUCUUGGAAAAGAGUAGUUAGCCGACCAUGUUUUGUCCUCUGUUUUUUUUUUUUCAAUUUUUUUUUCUGGUUUAGAUUGGUUUAAAUGAUGAUUGAUUAUUUACAUAUUUUGUAGACGUAGGACAUGUACCAUAUUUAAUGCCACUCUGUGGAUGCUUUCUUGAGCCUGGACAUUUCUUAGCUUUAAAAUUGCUAUGACAACCAAAAGUU